AUGCGGCGCCCAGUGGAGCCUCAAUCUUCUCCUCUCUCUUCUCUCUGUUCUCUUUGUUCUCUCUCUUCUCUCUGUUCUCUCUGUUCUUUUCCUCCCCUCGCUUGCGUUCGUGUGGCGCAUCGCACAAGUCUCAGGCUGUUGCUUGUCUUGCUUCUUCUCGCUGGUCCUGUUGCGUCUCUCUGCCAUGCUGCCCGUUGCUCGCUCGUCGCCCGCGUCGUCCCCCGCGAGCCCCGUUGGGGGUCUCUGUUUCCUGGGAAGACCUAUUGCUCGCUCUGUCUGUCGUCUGCUCAUCUGUCUUUCGUGCUCCCCACCUGUGUCUGCUCGAGUGCCACUGCGUCGCCUCCCUGCCACUCAGCGCGACUCGCGCCUCUCCAGAGAGAAGCGCGAGUGCGGCGCGGUUUGCAUGCGCCACCGUCCGCUGCUCCGCAGUCUGGCGGACAGCUUCCAGGACGAGGAAACGGUGCGCGGGAGAGAGAAAACGCCUUCCUCCUCCUUCGUGGGCGGCCGCACACAGCGGCCUCUGCACGAGCGCGUUCCGGAGCAGCGGAAGGAGGCGACAAGGAGAUCCUCAACGACCUUCCAUGUCCCCUCAGGGCUCUGCUCCAAAGUCUACGCAGGCUGCCUGCCAACGACGUUCGCGCUCGGAUGGAGCGCCUCCUGUCGUUGGGAAACAGCUUGAAACAACUGUCUCCUAAUCUACGCACUCGAGAGAACCUCGUCCUGGGGUGUCAGUCUGUGGUGCACGUUCACUCUGACGCACGGAGAGAUGAUGCGGGGACGCUGCGAAUGUACUACUGCGGCCACGCAGAGGCAUUGACGACGAAGGGGCUUCUCCAACUUCUCGUCGGUGGUCUGUCAGGAGCGACACCCGAGGAAAUCGAGAGAGUGCCUUUGAACACAAUGGCGCUAGCGGGUCUCAGCCAUUUCAUUACCCCCAGCCGGAUGAAUGGAUUUACAAAUAUUCUAAUGAAGAUGAAGGCGCAGGCGGCUGCUGCGAGUGCGGACAAGGGCAAAGUCUGAAGAACCGACAGGGCGAGAUUGCGCAGAGAGAUUUAGCCUGGCAUUUUCCCCAGAGUACAGUUGUGGGAGUGCAGUUUUCCUGAAAACAGGAUUUUGUCGUCGGGGGGAAAAGACUUCGGCGAGACAAGGCA